UCCCUCCUUCCUUUCCUCGUCGCGUCUACGCGUCUCCUUCCUCUUUCUCUCUCUCUCUCUCUCUCUCUCACUCUCAUCCUUCGGCGUCGCCGGAUCCCGAAGCCGAACCUUUAUCCUAACCCUAACCCUAACCCUUUUUCGGUUGGUUAGUUUCUUCCCUUCCGACAGGGAUCGGAUCGAGGGAGGAGAAGGGAGAAGGAAGGAGCAGGAGGGCGUGUCCUUCCAUGGAAUCCAACUCGAUCGACGACUACUGGGUCGACGGCGGGGGAUCCGAUGCCGAGUUGCGCUGCGCCAUCGAAAGCUUCUGCGACAUGGUACCCACCACCGGAGUGGGCAUCGAGGAGGCUUAUGGUGUGGAGCUGACUAGCCUAAAGAAAAGGGCUAGAGAUGAUUCAACCACUGGACUCAAGUCAAAAGCUUGCCGUGAGAAAAUGCGACGCGAUAAGUUAAAUGAUAGGUUUUCAGAACUGUCUUUAAUUCUUGACCCCGGUAGAACUCCUAAGUCUGACAAGGCAAGUAUACUAAGUGAUGCAGCUCGUGUGUUGGUACAGUUAAAAGCUGAUGCACAGGAACUUAAGGAAUCGAAUGACAAGCUUCAAGAAACAAUUAAGGAUCUGAAGGUGGAGAAGAAUGAGCUUCGAGACGAGAAGAUGAAAUUGAAGGCUGAUAAGGAGACAUUAGAGCAACAAGUCAAGGCCAUAAGCAUGGCUCCUUCUGGCUUCAUGCCACAUCCACUUGCAUAUCAUCCUGCUGCCGCCCCUACUACGUUUUCUCCGCAUGUUCAGGCCCCAUCAAACAAGGCUGCCCACUUCCCUGCUUACCCUGGCAUGGCCAUGUGGCAAUGGCUUCCCCCUGCUGUCAUGGAUACCACACAAGACUCCAAGCUUUGGCCUCCCAAUGCAUAAGCACACCAAUGGCAGAAAGCAUGUGGCAUGUCUGACACCUACCUAUAUACGGUACUACUUUUUUUUUCUCUCUGACGCUGAAUCUCAAUACUUUGGCAUCUGAAAUCAAAGGAGUUUAGUAACCCUUGUGAUGUGGUCAUUGUGCUGUAAACAAAGGAGAGUUAAAGCUGGCAUUUUAAUCCAUUUCAUUAUGAACUCUCACAAUUUGAACU